AUGACAUCAUCAUCUUGCUUAGACUCCUCCUCCAACAUCACGAUACGAGACGAACUUAAAACUGUAGUGCAAUUGUUUCAAAACAACACCAGAAAUGAUGGCGAUGGUGAUGAUUUAAUUCACAACAUAGAAGAAGAAGAAGAAGAAGAAGAAGAAGAAGAAGAAGAAGAAGAAGAAGAAGAAGAAGAAGAAGAGAAGAAGAAGAAAAAGAAGGUUUAUUUCUUAUUCUUAUUCUUCCCUUGGUUUCUCUUCUGGUUUUCAAACCACAAACACAUAGACAAAACAGUUCCUCAAAGAAAUUUGGAAGAGAUAGAACGUGAGAGAGAUCACGAAGGGGUAGAUAUGAAAAAUCAAGGAGAAGAAAUGGCUCACCAUCAUCACCGAGAGAACCUUCCACCAAGAUUUGUUAUUCGUCGGUGUUGCAUCGACGAAACCCUAAUCGGAGUUAGAAGCACAAAGAGCACCAUCGCCACCAAGUCCAGUUCUUUGAGAAGACAACAAUUAAUCCGAGAAUGGAGGCAUACAUCGGAGCAUCAGGUUCUAACCGAGGCGCCAAAGAUGGAUUGGGUCCAACAAAAUUUAGUUGGCAUGUUUGAUAAUGAUUUGAAAGUCAAAGACUCGGUCCAAGAGCAUAACACCGGUGACGCCUCAUCAGCCUCCAUUGGCGGCAACCUCCACAGUAGUGCAGCAGGAUAG